AUGGCCCGCGUCUUCGCCUUGGGCAAGGACAGGUGGGAUCCGACCAACAGAUUCGAGACAUCCUGGAUCCUGCCGCCCUACGUGCUCGGUCUCUGCCGCGCCCUCUUCUUCGUCGUCCUGCUCUACAACAUCGGCUUCUACUGCACCCACGAGCGCCGCGGGGGCUGCGCCGCGGCGGCAAACACCUUCUCCUACUUCACCGUCCUGACCUACUGGGGCCUCGCCUUCUACUUCGCCGCCGCCGCCGCCCACACCCUGACCUACGCCGCCACGGGCCGCGCGCUGCUCGACCGCCUGCCGCGCGCCCUCCAGGCCCUGCACUCGGCCUACUACACCUCGGUCGUCGUCUACCCCUUCAUCGUCACCGUCGUCUACUGGGGCGUGCUCUUCCGCCCGGGCGCCCUGGCCGCGCCCUUCGACCUCUUCAGCAACGUGUCGGAGCACGCCCUCAACGCCGGCUUCGCGCUCUUCGAGAUCCUCGUCCCGCGCACGGCCCCGCCGCCCUGGCUGCACCUGCUCUGGCUCGUCGUCGGGCUGGCGCUGUACCUCGCGCUCGCGUACGUCACGCGCGCCACCAAGGGCUUCUACACCUACUCCUUCCUCGACCCGCGCAGGAACGGCGGCCUCGUCGCCGCCUACGUGUUCGGCAUCGCCGUCGGCUGCGCCGUCGUGUUCGCGCUCGCCUGGGCCGCCAUCUGGCUGCGCAGGUGGGCGACCGAGGACAAGCUGGGCAUGCGCGGCAAGAUGUCGCCCAAGGCCGAGUGGCGGCGGCGCGACGACGAGGACGUCGAGAUGACGGGCCACCACCAGGAGUCGUGGUCCGAAAGGGGAAAGGCCGUGCAGGAAUCCUCGCGCUGA